AUGCAUUCCAGCAAUGGGAAAAGCAAGGUUGAUAUUUUUAUUAUGACUGAACCUUCUUCAGGCAGGUGGGUGUAUUUCGACACGGAGCUCACCAAUAGCAGUGGCAGGAUAUCCUACAACAUACCCAAAGAGAAGAGGCUUAGAGUUGGCGUGUAUCCCAUCAGAAUGGUGGUCAGUUUGGCCUCCAGCCCCGACUGGCUCCCUGGGCUCCCCUCCCACUCCUGGGCCUAUGCUGCAGAUGCCCCCCUGGCUGGUCCCUCAUGCCUUCCUUUGCCCCAGGACGCAGACCCCUCUGAAGUUUACCGGCCGGACGCAGGGGCUGAGCGUGGCAAGCCGAAAACAGACUACAGGAACUACACGACUGGGCCACUGCUGGAGCGCGUGUACAACACCUACCUGCUCAUGCACACGCACCAGACCGUGGACUUUGUCCGGAGGAAGAGCGCAGAGUACGGGGCCUGUGCCCAGCGCAGACUGAGCAUCAUGGAGGCCUUGGAUUUACUGGAUAACGUGGUGGAUGAAUCAGACCCGGACGUGGACUUUCCCAACUCCUACCACGCGUACCAGACCGCCGAGGGCAUCCGGCAAGCCCACCCGGACAAAGGUAAGGCCAGCCUCACGUAGGCAGGGGCUGGGUGC